AUGGCGGCUUCCAAGGUGAAGACUCGUUCCAGCAAUUUGGCGGAAGAUUUAGCCCUCUCUUUUACUAAACAAAUGGAGGAUUACAUUAAAAAUUCUGCAGUGUUAAAAGAAGCCAUUCUGAAAGCAUUUAGUGCUGCAGUUGAAGAAAUAAUUAAGCCUCUCAACGAGGAGAUUGCGUCACUACAAUGCGAAGUAAACUAAAAGAUGUUGAAGUCUAAACUCACGGAAGAUGGUGCUAAAGCCGAUGACAAAGAACAGUAUUCCAGAAGAAACAAUAUUCGUAUCUUGGGCUUGCUAAAACCGAAGGAGAGGAUUGUUACGAUGUAG